UUACCUUCUGAAUUUGGGGUUGAUGUGGAUCGUGUGCAUGCUGUUGAGCCUGCUGCUAGCUUAUGCAGGACCAAGGUUGAGAUCCGCAGAGCUAUUGAGGCAGAAGGGACACCUUACACUUACUUAGUGUUUAACGGAUUUGCUGGUUACCUGAAUUAUAUCCUCAACAACUUUGGAGACUCUAGCUCGUCUGCAAGUCCUCCCAGAGACAAGAUUGUCAUUCUUGGUGAUAGAAAUCCAAAAAUUGUUUUCACCAAGGAAGAAGACAUUGCUGCAUACACCAUCAAAGCAGCAGAUGACCUAAGGACUCUGAACAAGAGUGUGUACGUUACACCCCCUGCCAACACUUUGUCCUACAACGAAAUAGUAUCAUUGUGGGAAAAGAAAAUCGGCAUGACCCUCGAAAAGACCUGCGUUCCAGGGGACGAAGUUCUUAAGAAAAUUCAAGAGGCUUCAAUGCCAUUAAAAUUGCUCCUGUCUUUGGCAUACACAUUUUUCGUGAAGGGAGAAAUAGCCAACUUUGAGAUCAAGGUUUCUUUUGGCAUGGAGGCAACGGAGCUCUAUCCUGAUGUUAAAUACACCACACUUGAUGAGUACCUCAGCCAGUUUGUAUCAAAUUAGCUUAGAUACUUUCAGAUUAGCUCUACCAGAUUUUUGCAGCAGUUUCUUGUGCACUACUAGAUUUUGUUCUUCUUCCAGAUGAGGAUUGUCAUGAAUGUGAUUGAAAUAAAAUAUGCCCUUAAUUUGUAUCCUGUCUUUUGUGUACUUGGGUUGAAUUCUUCCAACUUGAAAUCAUCAUCUGGUUGCCUCUGAGCAUCCUUUCUUCAUACUUACAACUACAUAGUCGAGAAAGUUGGAUAACGGUGCUAAAUUCCGGACAAUGUAAGACAAAUCAUAUACUCCUCGUCUCCUUGGUCCUGGCCUAGGAUCCGGAAUUUCAGAAAAUAUUGAGAUACACAGGCAUAGUUCUGCUCAUCUGAUUGAGCUCUUUUGAGACCUGAGUUUUCAGGAAGUGGACCAUUUCUUAUCUAAACAGUUGCCUAAGGCCAAAUUACUAAGACUUCUAUACAAGAAGCUCAUAGAAAACAAAUCUGUAGCUAUUUUGAUGAACUUCCGAAUUUGAGUCAAAAGUCUUGUGCUUGUAGAUUUGAUCUUGAUGUUUUUCCACCCUUGUUCAACAGCUUUCAUGAGAGUGAUGUUUCUCCACAGUCGCGAUUUGAUUUGGAUUUCAUU